CAUCAAUAAUUAAUAAUUAUUUGUUAUUCUGUGUCUGUGUGUGUAUAAGUGUGACCUACCGGUGCACUUGACGCCCAUCAUAUGCUGUGAUGAUAAUGCCGGCCAUCUCUUCGGGACCAAACGGCGGCGAACAUAAGCCAGACUGUAGUGUCACAGUCAGUGCGACCAGAAACGAGUGCGCCGGCUGUGGUACAGCCAUACUAGACAGGUAUUACCUGUCGGCCGUAGACCGUCAGUGGCAUAUCCAUUGUCUCAAGUGUUCCCAAUGCAAGAUCGCAUUGGACUCAGAGCUCACCUGCUUUUCACGUGAGGGACACAUCUAUUGUAAAGAAGAUUAUUAUAGGAUCUUUGCAAUGAAGCGGUGCAGCCGUUGUGGACAAGGAAUCUAUGCCUCGGAACUAGUCAUGAAAGUACGCGACAAUAUCUAUCACAUGCAGUGUUUUACAUGUGCUUGGUGCAAUACUACACUGGCACAGGGAGAUUAUUUCGGCCUAAAAGAUAAUCUAGUCUACUGUCGCACCCAUUACGAGAUGCUUACCUGCGGUCACUUUCUAUUGUCAUCGGAGAAUGCCAUCCAUCCGUCGGCACAGGAGAGGACAACUGGUACGCCAAUAAUGCCAGCCUAUGGCUCCAUAUAUUCAGCUAACAGUGGCGGCGGCGGCACCGCUCCGGUUGGCUCUACGGGAGGCACUGCUACCGGCGGCGUUCGCAAAGGACGACCGCGUAAACGUAAGGGAACUGAUGGGACACCACUGCACGACACUCACUCACCGGGAGUGGCGUCCACUCCUAGCUCGCGAAGUCCUACAUUAGGCAAUACAAUGGACGGCAAUGUGGUGUCAAAUCUGAGCUCUAGUAUCGAUACCGGCUGUCUGAGCGAUGGCCAGUCGUCGAUAACCAGUACAUCUCUGGUGUUGUCGGGUCACGCCUCGGGCCAGAGGACCAAACGUAUGCGUACGUCAUUCAAACACCACCAGUUGAGGACAAUGAAGUCAUACUUCUCUAUCAAUCAAAAUCCUGACGCCAAAGAUCUUAAACAAUUGGCACAGAAGACCGGCCUUUCAAAGAGGGUUCUCCAGGUUUGAGUCAUACAAUAAUACAUUACAUUACAUACAUAAGCAUAUAGUAACACACACUCACUCACUGUGUAUACUCACUCACACAUUACUUUUGAGACCCCAUUCCCUAUA